CAUGCAUGCAGCACACACGCACACCCCCAACAGAGAUAGCACUGGCUGCUUGAUUGUCGUUUUGCCCAUCACACUAGUCUCGUCGCCACAACAAUAAUGAAGUUUGCGAUCGUCGCCGCCCUCGCCCUCGCCGCCUCCGUCAUGGCCGCGCCCAACCUCGUGACGGACAACACCGAGUCGGUGCUCGACAACGCCUGCAGCGCAGAGUGCGACUUUGUGACCUUUGCCGCGCCCAAGCUCGGCGGCGAGGACGCCCACCCGCUCUGCAACGACGACGGACGGCGAGCGAUGCUCCUCUGUGCCCAGUGCAUCGACGAGGCGUACCCCGGGUCUGGGUACGAGCACUCUGCGCGGUCAGAGUACGACAUUGUCAUUGCCGCCUGCGACCACCGCUCGCAGCCGUUCUGGCACGUCCCCGUUGUCCGUCUCCAGCAGCUGACCCCCGCUCAGGCAUUCAAACACGGGUUCGACAGCUACAUGGCCUACGGAUACCCGCACGACGAGGUCCGGCCGCUGUCGUGCGCGCCAAUGUCGCGCUUCACGGCGGACAAGAACGACAUCGGGAUCAUGGACAUUGCCGCCAACUGCUCGCUCACGCUCGUCGACGUGCUGCCGUCCCUGCCCGACCUGUAUCCCGAGGCGUUUGCCGACGCCGUCGAGCGCGUCGCAACCUCCGUCAGCUUCGACCAGGACGUCAAGGUGCAGGUGUUCGAAAUGACGAUCCGCCCCCUCGGCGCCCUGAUAAGCACGUACCAGUUCCUCGAGCGCCUGCCGGCCCCGCCCAAGCUGCAGGCCGAGUUUUUAGGUCUUAACGGCGAAGUCGACGCCAAGCGCCACGCGAAGCGCAUCCUCCAGCUCGCGCGCGACCUCGCAGACCGCAUGAUGCCGGCCUUCGACUCGCCCACCGGCCUGCCGUGGGCCCGGAUCAACCUCCGCAAGGGGCUCGCAAAGUCCGAGACGAUCGAGACGUGUACCGCCGGCGCCGGGAGCCUGACGCUCGAGUUUGGCCUGCUGUCCCGCUUGACUGGCGAGCCAAAGUACGAGGCGGCUGCGCGCCGCGCCUUCUUCGCGGUGUGGAAGCGCCGCGUCCUCGGCACGGAUUUGCUGGGUAACGCCAUCGGCGUGUCCCAUGGCCAGUGGCUUGCGCCGGGCUUUAGCGGCGUCGGCGCGGGCAUGGACUCGUUCUUCGAGUAUGCGCUCAAAACGGGCAUUGUGUUUGACGACCCAAAGUUCAUUGACGUGUACUAUGACGCCAAUGCGGCGAUCCAGCACUUUGUGCGCACCGCCGACGGGUUCAUCUACCGCCCAGUCCACCUCAAGAUGCUGUCGCCAUCCCAGCCGCCAUGGAUCGACUCGCUGUCCGCCUUCUACCCCGCGCUCAUGGUCCUCGGGGGCGACCUCGAAUCCGCGAUCCGCGGCCACCUCGUCUUCUGGAACCUGUGGCGCAAGUAUUCUGCCAUCCCGGAGAGCUGGGACCCCGAGUCCCGCGAGCCGGGGUGGACGGGCUGGCCGGGCAGGCCAGAGUUUAUCGAGUCGACAUACUACCUCUUCCGGGCGACGGGCGACCCGUUCUACCUCCGCGUCGGGGUGCGCGUGUUCGACGACAUCAUGCGCCGCACGAAAGCAAAGUGCGGGUUCACGAGCCUGCAGGACGUGGUGACUGGUGCGCGCGCCGACCGGCAGGAGACGUUCCUGCUGUCCGAGACGCUCAAGUACCUCUACCUCCUGUUCGACGCCGCGCCGCCGUCCAAGCAGCCCCUCGGCUCGGUCUUCACGACCGAGGGCCACCCGGUGCACCUGCCGCGCGAGCUGCACAACCGCACCGCGGCAGCCGGCCGCUCGCAGCGCCACCGCGGCGAGGACCUCUGGUGCCCGCCGUACCGCGCACCGUCGUACAUGGGCGUCAAGCUCGGCAUCGAGGCGCGCGACGACUACGACUAUGCGCGGUCGCUCGUGUUUGGCUUUGACGCGGCGUCCGCCGACGCCGAGGACUCGCCGCUCGCCAACAGCCUGUGGGACCUCGGCACGUGCGCCGAGCCGGUCCAGCCCCAGUUUUUGGUCGAGACAAUCAUCUCGAACGACAAGCACGACAACGUGAGCGAGGUCGCGCACGGCAAGGAGCUCGUGUGGCAGGCGACCAACGGCGACUGGAUCAUCAACAACACGUUUGGCAAGGGCACGCGCGUCGGCCUCCGCUGGCGCACCGACCAGCGCGGGUACGACGUCGCGACCAUUGCCAACACGUACCGCGUGCGGUCUGGCCAGCGCGUGCACGUGCUGGACAGCAAGGCGCGGGCUGCCGAGCCGGGCACCGAGGGCGGCGUGCACGACCCAGCGCGCGUCACGGCGGCCAUCACGCCGCUGGCGCCCGGCUCGGAGCCGCUCCGGAUCCCCAUGUCGACGGCGACGUUUGGCCGGCCGUUCAACGUGUCCCGCCAAGCAGAGCACUUUGGCGUCGACUCGCCCCCCGCGCGGCUGGUGCUCAACGAGGCGAACGUGGCGGGGUGCGCCGAGCCCGACCCCAAGACGUUCAAGCCCCCGCCACAGCCCUUCGUCAUGCUGGUCGUCACGGGCAACUGCUCUAACGCGAUCAAGGCGUACCAUGCCGCCAAGGCCGGCGCGUCGGGCAUGAUCCUCGGCGAUGACGCGCCCGCUGCGCGGCCUUUGGAAGACUACUUCCGCCCCACGGCGGCCAGCGAGCCAGAGUGGGCCGCCGGCGCGAUCGCAAACAUCACGAUUGGUUAUGUCGCCAGCCCGCACUACCUCAACCUUGCGGCCUUGUUGAAGACGACACCGCUCAGCGUCGCGGUCGAGGCAUUCAACCCGGAUCUUUCCCCCACAGACGGCACGGCGUACCGCCGCGCGUUCGAGACCGAGACUGGCACACGGCUACGCCUCGGCGACCACGACGUGGUGAACAUUCAGGUGCUGGGCGCAUAA